AUGCGUAUUUACCGCGCAUUUUUGCUGAUUACUGUAUUAAUUGUUAGUAUUGUAAGUGAAAGGCAACAAAUUUUCAAUGUUUCUGAAAAUGUAUCUGUUGGAUAUAUAAUUGGUUACAUCAAUGGAGCACCGUCUGAUGGUAUUGUACCAAAUUUCUAUAUUGUUUUUCCAGAUGAUACUUUGGAAACUGAAAAAUAUUUAAAUGUGGAAAAAAUAAGUGGUGAGAUACGUGUUUUGCGUGAAUUGGAUUACGAACUGAUUUCGUCGUAUCAUUUAAUAGCUAUCCCUAUGAAUAAUCCUUCACACGGAAGUGCAAUUCACGUAAUUAUUAAUGUCAUUGAUGAAAAUGAUAAUACGCCAACAUUUCCAGUUUCAUCAAUUGACGUAGCAAUUUCUGAAUUUGCUGGUAUAAAUUCAGAAACUUCAUUGCCACCAGCAAUAGACAACGAUUCUCUACCGUUAUCAGUAGCAAAAUAUCAUAUCUUAUCAGGAAAUGUCAAUAAUGCAUUUAGAUUAUCGAGCAAACGCAUCACUUCGAUGCUUUAUGUUGACCUAAUCGUUAAUGGACAACUUGAUCGAGAAUACCGUGAUCACUAUGAACUGAUCAUAGAAGCUGUAGAUGGAGGAAAUCCACCGAGGAGUAGUAGCAUGCUAGUGAAUGUAACGGUUUUGGAUGUAAAUGAUAAUGCUCCCGAGUUUAGUCAAUCAAGAUACAAUGCAGUUAUCCCCUGGAAUCCAGAAAAGAAUUAUGUAGUAACUACAAUUCAAGCUGUUGACCCUGACCUAGGAGAAAAUGCUCGAGUUGCUUAUUCAAUCGCUAAAAACUACGCUGAUCAGAAAUUACCGUUCAAAAUUGAUGAAAAAAGUGGUAUUGUACAAGUAACUGACCCAAAUAUUCUUGUUUCUGGCAUGACCUAUGACAUUUUAAUUAUUGCUAGCGAUCAUGGCCUGCCACAACCACUUGAAUCUACGGCUUUUUUAAGUAUUGUCGUAGAAACAAGCGAUCAACCGAAGCUUGCAUUGGAUAUCUUUUGGCUUACUGAUAAAAAUAAACCUGAGGUGCUUGAAAAUAUUACAGUUGGACAUAUAAUUGCUAGAAUUGCUGUACAAAAUGCUCCCGAGAAAAGCACAUUAUCAGUGGAAGGAUGUGACUCUGUAUGUGUUCAAGAAACAGAUUCACCUGGCGUUUACCUGGCAAUUGUUUGUGGGCCUUUUGAUCGAGAAUCAAAAUUUGAAUACAACUUAUUUUUUGCUAUGAAAUCUCAGCAAAAUCAACUAUUACAAGUUCCCAUUUUCUUCGAGGUUCUUGAUGUAAACGAUAAUGCACCAAAAUUUGUUAAUUCAACAAUACGCGUAACUUUUGAUCAUUCUGCUAGACAUCAAAAGUUAGUUCGAAUUCAAGCAACUGAUGCUGAUAUCGGCAAUAAUAGCCGUAUACAAUAUCAUCUUACUGGUACAAACUUGUUCGAAAUUGACUCUGAUACGGGAGUCCUAAGCGUUCAUGAAAGCUUUGAGUGUACUCUUGCUGAGCAUCACUUUCAAGUUCAUGCCCAAGAUUUUGGCAAUCCCAUGCUAUCUUCUACUGCUCAAGUUAUCGCUCAAAUAAUAGAAAGUGACGCUCGUCCACCAACUUUCACCAGACCAUUAUAUGAUGUCAUAGUCAAAGAAAACGUGAGGUCAGGAAUUUGUCUACUCAAGGUCAGUUAA